CCUACCAACUAAUAAACACGUGGGAAAUUCUAGCUAGGAAGGAAAUUUCUGAAACGUAUCGAAUUCUCUCGCUCACUCUCUUUUUACAUCCCCAAGCUUAAAACCUAUCCCAUAUUUUCCAUCUUCACUAGGAUUCUUGUAUUCUCAAACAACUCAGGCGAUUUUUGCAACAAUCAAAUUCAUUAUUUUCAUUUGUAGAUUGAGAGAAUUAAUUGAUUCCGUGAUUUGGGAUUUCAGCGCAUCUAUCAAGGAUUUUUUUUUGAAGAUGAGUUGUUUGAAUAGUUUGAUCAGUGGUUAUAUUUCUCCGAUUGGAGAUCAUUCUCGCUUGUUUAAUACUGGAAAAGGAAGAUAUCCUAUUCGAAUUCAGAAUUUUCAUAAAGUUUGUGCAUCUCUUAGUGUCGAACCAUUGACAUCUACAAAUGCGACUAAGCUAGGGUUUGGGGAUAGCAAGGAGCUUAUGGCAGCAGAAGCAAAUCUUCUUGUUGGAACUUAUAAUAGAGCUGCAGUUGUGAUUGCUAGUGGAAAGGGAUGUACGUUAUAUGAUGUUGAAGGGAAAGAAUACUUGGAUAUGGCCUCAGGUAUUGCAGUCAAUGCACUUGGUCAUGGUGAUGAAGAUUGGGUGAACGCAGUCACUCAGCAGGCUAAUAUUCUUACUCAUUUGGAACUUGCAAAGCGUCUAGUGGAUGGUUCUUUCGCUGAUCGUGUUUUCUUUUCAAACUCUGGAACUGAAGCAAAUGAAGCAGCUAUUAAAUUUGCAAGGAAAUAUCAACGGUUUUCACACCCUGAUGAGAAACAGCCAGCUACAGAGUUUAUUUCAUUUACUAAUUCUUUCCAUGGGAGGACAAUGGGUGCUCUUGCUCUGACUAGUAAAGAACAGUACAGGUUGCCAUUUGAACCUGUUAUGCCUGGAGUUAGUUUCUUAGAGUAUGGUAAUAUAGAGGCUGCAAAAGAAGCAAUUGUACGGGGGAAAACGGCGGCAGUCUUUGUGGAACCUAUCCAGGGAGAAGGAGGCAUAUACAGUGCAACAAAAGAAUUUUUGCAGUCACUGCGUGAUGCAUGUGAUGCUGCUGGAGCCCUCCUGGUAUUCGAUGAGGUAAAUCAUCUAUCUUUUUCAUUACCUGUUGCUGGCCUUUUCUUUCUUCUCCCACCAGAUUCAUCUGUAAAUAACAUAUAGCUGUUUACCGUCUUCUGGUUUAUUCAAAAGUUACAAUCUAGGGUAUGCUUGAUUCACCUGGGUCCUUGAUUACCACAAGGAUAUGCCACUAGACAUGUUGUAAUCAGAUUGACAUGGUUAGAGCAGAUGGGAGGAAAGAUUUUAGAAUCUCAGGGCAAAAUGCUCUGAUUCUUGGUGCGAUAGUCACUCUUAGUUAAAUGUUCUAAGUAAGAAAUGUUGUAAUCAGAUUGACAUGGUUAGAGCAGACAGGAGAAAAGAUCUUAGAUUCUUAGGGCGAAAUGGGGAAUUUGAGGUGGUGGUAGUAUCUAGGUUUUUUCAUCAGGUUAGAGUAGCUCUGAUUAUUUCUUUUCUUACUCAACAUGGCUCUCUUUCAAUCUUAGUAGGAUCCUAAAGCUCCUACUCCUACAAUAACUAUUUG